AGUGAGGGAUUAUGGGAAAACAGCUUGAUGACGCUCACAGGUCACUCAUCAGUAGCCGCUGCAUUGCGCUGGCCGAGAAAGAAAACUGUUUUGCGUCUGAAGUAUGUUUGUGAGGCUCAGCCUAUGGUUUCACACAACAUUUUAAGGACCUCAAUUGUAAACCUGAAGCUAAAAGUUACAAAGAAAGACCAGAAGAUUCGCAUGUACGCCAGGCGACAGCCAUCUAACCAUGGAACUACCAGCAUUCAUAUCCAACAUUCUCUGUAAUGUCGUCAUUGUUGCCGUCUUCAUUUGCUUCAUAUUAUGGGUUAUAUAUGACCCGGAGGGCAACGCCCUUAUGAUGAGUGACAGAGAGAAUGAUGAAACAGAGGAGAACUGGGGAAGAAGUCAAGGCCCGUGGCGAAUACGCCGUAAAAGACGGCAAGAAAGAAGAGAGCCACGGCGCAUGCGCCAAGGAGUCAGCAGUGAUGAAAAUGAGCAGGAAAGGGAUGACGGGAAGAGGGAGGCUGUUAUUGCAAGGAAUGAGAAGAGCGCAAAGGACGAUGGUUAUACGUGGAAUAACGAGAGAAUGGUUACGAGAGAAAGGGAUGCUGGGAAAACAGAGGCAAAUUUGAGCAACAGGUUAUUGCCUCGUGACGAUGCAAUUGAGAGUGAUGGGGGCAGCGAAAACACAUUGGUGCCAGAAACGCUUGGUGAAAGUCAACCAAUCACUAACAAGUCUCAGCCCAGGAGAAAACCUGAAAUUAGUACCCAUGUCCACUCGGCCCAAGUACAUCGAGAUGACGUCACUGAUCAAGCGAUAUCACGUGACUACACAGUGGCCGUUACUGUUAUAACGCUGUCGGCGCUAGGGAUCAUGGGGGCCGUUGUGUUACAUAGAUUUGCACAUAGGUGAACUCGAGACUAUGUAUCAUGACAAACUAUCAUACUGUUCUGUAAACUAUUUGAAAUAAAAUGUUUACUUUGUCA